GUUUGUAUGUAUGUAAGUCAUAUGCGCGUGGUUGAGAGGUGGGAGGGAGAAAAAUAACUCAGUCUCGCUCACUCUCACAGACAGGCAUAGACAUGCACAGCCAGGCACACGGAUCUCUCCCGAAAUAAGUUCGAGAGGUGCCGACACGCAGUCAGAUGUCCAACUAUACAUCGCUCCUCCCUCACAGCCUCGCUUCAUUCCACAGACCAACCGACCAUUGAAAUCGGGCCUCUUCAAGGCCCACGCACCCACGCAUCGCAUGCACCCAUCGGUGCGAUAUCCAUGUGGCCCUCAGUCACCAAUCAGUCUUUGAGUAUAGGUAUCUUGACAGUGUGCCCCUGCCACUCGCCCCUCAGCUCGAUGGCGUCCCGCUUCAGCUGGGGGUCCAGCGCCACGUCGAUGAGGUCGACGGUGUCGUCCUCCUGCUGCUUGACCUUGGAACUCAGCAGCCUGCCAUUCGUGACACACACACACAUGGACACGAACACAAGUGUGCCGUCCUUUGUUGGUCUUCGCUUACGUUCUCAGCAUGCUGUCGUACUUCUCAACCUGGGCCAUGGCCAGCUCCUCAGCUGAAGGCACCCACACCACAGUACAGCAACACACCGAUUCAUUGCUUUUUUUCCCAUGGUGACACCCCGGUUCGCUGUGCCCUCUCUGAGUGAGUGCGAUAGAUCAAGCUUACGGUCAACGGCUCCUUCGGCGGAAGUGCUUGUCUCGUCCGAGUAGUCUUCUGGCGCUGGUGGCAUGAGGAUGCCCGCCGACUCCUUGGCCUUGCGCGACAUCGCCUCGGCUUCCCGCUGCUGUCUGAACCCUCCCCUGCUCCUCGCACGCUGCUUGGCGCCCUCCUCGCCCCAUCCCAUCACCUCGUCCAUCGUCGGGAUCUGGGACGGCAUCUGUGGAUCGAAAGGACACACAAGGGUGUGUGUGUGUGUGUGUGUGUGCGGUUGGGUGCUUGGCGCUGUGGGUGUAAGUGUGUGUGUGGACUGACCAGGAGUGUUUCCCUGUUGAGUUCGUCCCUGAUGAUGUCUUGGAUGAUGUCCUGCUCGCCCUCUGUCUGGGUCUGAAUGUUGCGGAUCACCUCCCAUGGGUCGUCCUUGCCCGCCUCUGAAUGGGAACCGUGGUAGUUACGAACACACACCAGCCACGGACACACAUUCGUCUCGAAGCUGCCCGCAUUGUGGUUCUCUCUCUGUGUCUAUGACCGUCUGACGUACCGACGAUGUAUCCCUCGAUGUCGUCGAGGGCAGCCUCGAGCUUCAGCCGCUCUGCACACAACGAACGCCACGACAUCCAUUCAUGAAGGAAUGCAGCUGCACAGGUGCGUAUGCGCGCGUGUGUUCGGCAUCUCUCCCUCACCUCCCGCCGGCAGUUCGGGGUCCUGCAGCCGCUCCUGGAUCUCCUUGGCUGCAUGGCAUGGCAUGGAUCAGAGAGGGAGGGACGAGACAGAUCACACGAGUGAAUGGAUAUGCACAUCAGAUGCGAUGCCUGCGUCCUGACCUUCGUUCUCGACGAACUCCUCAUACUCUUUGCGGAACUGGGCCAGCUCAACUGAUGGAUGGGACACACACGAUUUGACACAUGCGCACAACGUACACGUGUGUGCGUGGGGGGUGCGUAUGGCUGCCGACCUUCGUCAAACUCCUCCUCCAUGACCUCGUCGAGGAACUGCAGUGCGCGAGGGUCGUAUUGCUGGUUUUGCGCCCGCACCAACUGAACAAUGGCAUGGCACACGCAUACACGUGCACGCACAGAGGUCCGUGUCACAUCGAUUGAUCUGUGGCUGGAUGUCAUGCCAUUUGCUCACGUCUCCGACGGCGACCGCGGCCCGCUUCUUGAGGGCCUCGGGGUCGACUCUCUUGAGGUGCCUGACGUUCAUCUCCAGCCGCUUCUGGUUCUCGCGCAGCGCCUUCUCAAUCACCGCAGCGUCGUCCGUGUCGGGGACGUUGUCGAACACUGCACAAAGCAUUACCCACAAGUGUGUCGGUGUGUGUGUAUCUGCCUGUGUGUAUAUGCCCUUACGGCCAAGGACGUAGCUGCCGUUGAAGUCGAGGUUCUCAUACUCGAGACGGAUGUUCUGAUGGAUGGUGUCAGUCAGACAGAGUCAAUGAGUGAGUGCCUCUCUAUGUGGAAGGUCUGUGCGUGUCGGUGAGGGGUGCAGCCUCACCUCAAUGUCGAUAGCGGCCCUUCUCUUCUUCUGCAGCUGCUUGUAGCCUUCCUUGCCCAGCAUGGUCACCAGAUCAUACUCCUCCAGCGCGGCCGCACUGACACACACACACAAAUACAGAACGUGUCACACACAGGAUCGAGAGAGAGAAGGCUGCGUGGAUUUCUCACUUGUCCGCCUCCCACUGCCUCUCCUCCUGAGAACAAACAGACCCAUCCACACGGACACACAUGGACGAGCACACCACCCCACUGGCGGCUUCCGUCUUGUGUUGUGUGCGUACCCUGCUUUGUCUCAUUUCCCCGCCGGCUCUGCGCCCCCCAGCCCGCCUGUCGUCCUCCUGUCCCGCCUUGAACCGCUCCAUCCGCUGCCGACGGUUGCGGAUGGCCAUCAGACGUCGACGCUUGGCAGCCAUCACCUCGUCCUCCUCGCCCUCGCCCUCAGCCUCGGGCGCCUCCUCCUCUUCGUCCGCUGGUGGUUGUGGGCGCUUCCUUCUGUCCUCCUUGCCGGUGUCUGUGAGUUGGGCCUCGUCGAAGAACCCGCCCUGCUCUUGGGUGAGGUACAGGUACUUGACCUCGGGCUCCUCGCGGUCAGUCACGAUGCUCUUCAGGCGCACCUGGUGGCCACACAGAGAGGGAGAGGGAGAGGGGGAUGGGUGUAUGGGGGACGGGGAGAGAGAGGCUUGCUGUGUGUCGUGCCUGUAGUGUGGUGUUGAGUCCGGCGUCUGAGGGAAGUGUGUCGACGUUGAGCUCCUCGAUGGGCAUCACGCCAAUGAGCCCGCUGUCAGACAACUCCAUGUACAGGAAGUCCUCGUCGUAGGCCACGAUCUGAACGACCAACCAACCAACCAACCAGCACACCGUGACACCAUUUCCAUCGACUAAUGCGUAUGCGUAUGCGUGGGUGGGAUGGGUCGAUGGAUGGGUGGGUGGGUGACCUUUGCAGACACGCGACCGGUGGUUUUGAGGCUUUCGGCAAGACCGGUGUCCUGACCUUGGCUGCACACCACACCAGCAGACAGCGCACAGCACAAGGGGGCGAGUGACAUCAGACCACAUAUAUCGCGGCCCUCAUUUCUUUCCCUCUCGCUGACUGACAUACAUUUUGGUCUCUGCCUCUGCGACAAGCGCCUCGACGUCGAUCUCCUCACUGGGGUCGUAAGGCAGCAUCGACAGCUCCACGCGCAGCCGGUUGGUGAGGCGCUCGGCACCAAUGACGCGGUAGGUCACCUCGUCGCCCACUUUGAACAUCGCCUGCACGCACAGUACAGACACGGGCGAAGUGAUAUGUGCGCUUUUGGCGAGGGCAUCUAUCCGUCUGUCUGUCUGUCUGUCUGAGAGCCAAUCAGCAACUGAACGUGAGAAUGUGUUUCUCUCCAAGUGCCCAUGGCAGUGCAUGGGACGACAGCGAGCUGGGAUUAUCGUUGUCAUCACCUCUCUCCCUCUCUCUCUCUCUCUCCUCUUCCCUCUGACACACCUGUCUGCCUGCCUGCCUGCCUGUCUGCUCACCGUGAGGUUGGUCCUUGGCCUGACGUCGGGGAUGUUGGAGCGGUGGACAAGGCCCUGGACGUCAUCGUGCACCCCCACCCAGACGCCCAGAGAGGUCACCUGGUUGAUAGGUGGACACACAGACACACAGGGAGGAGGGCACAGGUGUUGUGUCUGUCUUGUGUGUUAUAUAUGUCCUGUGUGAGCUACCUACCGUUGUGAUCUUGCCCUUCCUCGUCUCCUUGGGGUUGGCGUCAGCGAGCUCCUCGUACACCUUGUUGUACACCGUCUGCAUCUCAGCCUCCUGCACCGACCAACCAACACACACACACACACACAAUACACCCUCCUCUCUGUGUGUCUGUGUGUCUGUGUGUGUGGCCUGACCCCACUUCCCCCACCCCACCCCACCCCACAAGCAAAGCGCAUACCCUCUUCUUCCUCUCCUCAGCCAUCUUGAGUCGCUCCUCCAUCUCCAUCUGGUUCUUGGGGUCGUACGGCAGCUUGGUCAGCGCCACUCUGUUGGUCUCGGAGUUGAUGUUGAUGACGCGCACAUCCUUCACACUGUCCCCCAGGUUAUAGGUCGAAUCGGGAGUGGCGCCCUCGGGCAGACCCAUCUGGUUCUUGUGCAGGAGGCCCUGCACCCCCGCACCGAGGUCGAGGAAGACGCCGAAGUCCCUGAUGCUCGACACCACGCCCGUGGUGGUGUCCUCGGGACUCAUUGCCGUGAUGCGAUUCAGCACAUCUUGACGGGUCAGACCUGCACAAGACAAGACAACACAACACGGCAAUGCUUGGCCACUCACUACUCCUUCCUCGCUCCUUUCCUACAUACCUGUCUUCAUGGUGAAUGCGAGCUGCCGCUUGUUGACGUCUCUGCGGACGACCUUGACCACCACCUUCUCGCCGAUCUUGACGAAGUCGCGCACGUUGGCCACAUACGUGUCGGAGAGGUCAGCAAUCGGCACCAGACCGGGACGCUCUGAGCCAACAUCGAUAAAACAGCCGUAGUCCUCUAUGCGCUGUACACAGACAACGGGAAAGAAAGAGAAAGAGAAAGUGCGCUACUCAUGGCAUCCAUCCCACGUACCGUCACGAAGCCGUCGAGGUACAUGCCGACCUCGAUGUUGCGGAAAGGGAUCUUGCCCAGGUCGGGAUCGACCUCCGGCUUGGAGAUCUCGCUGGGGUCGACGUCAAGACCAGCCGCCAUGCGCAACACAGACCAGCGUUGUUGUCGUGAUGGUCGAUGCCGCCGCACCAGUGAUGGAGGAGAGCCGCUGUGCGAGGCCAAUCGCUGCAGGCAGAAGGAGAGGCACGCAAGCACACAGAUACAUACACACACACGCGCUGCUGCCGUGCCGUGGGCAGAUCUUGUAAGGCCUGCUGACACACCCUGUGGGGCGAUGAAAGAGAUGCACAAGAGGACGACAAGGAUGGCGGGCGCACAAACGCUGCACCAAACAACACAGAGCACACCAAACAUACAAGCAGUGAGUAGAUCUGCCAGCAGCAGGCGUAUUGCUUGUUUGGCUGACCAGGUCUCCAUGCCAGUGCCGCCCUCGAGAGUUCGAGCACCACGAGCACAGAUCCCCACAUGCCGCCUAACCGAGCCUUCAUCUCGGCUCCUUCCC